AUGCGAGUCUCGAGCUACUACCCCCUCAAGGCCUUCCCGCACCGCUAUGCUCAGAUGCUCGACUGCUAUCUCAGCCAUGGCAUGCCGAUCUGCCAGUGUCCGACGAAAUGUGAUGGAUGUCAGCGCGAGCUCGAUCCCUCCGUUGCUGCACAUCAUCUCCAGACCUGCAAACGCCGAUCCUCCAAGCUUCCCACGGCGCAUGACAACCUUACUCGUACGAUUCGGUCGAUGCUGAACGAAGCUGGUCUUCAGAGCGUCAUCGAUACAGUGGGGGAUCCUCGUUCUCGACGGCAGCUGAAGAAGAGCCUUAAGCGCCGUCUCAAGACUCAACUUCUUCACUUCGAGGUCGUCACUGGCGGGAUUACACUUGGCGGCCUGCCUAUCGGCACGGAUGGAUUUCAUGCUAGUCAGCUCCGAGCGAAGGUUUCUACCCUCAACGAAGAGCUCUCGAAGCUCGGGCUCGUCCAGCAUGGCUUCAUGUUCAAGACGCUGGUGAGGGCGAGCCAUCUCCAGAAGCUGCGCUUCUUCCUCCAGGGGUCUUCUCCGUUUCUCCCGCGGGUCCAAUCACAGAUUCGUCGCUUUGACCUCUCUGUCCACCUGGCGCUUGAGAAAUACCACCGCUGGCCUUCCUCGCAGUACCUCGCCGCGCAUCCCGACCUGCUAGAGUUUGCGAGGUUCAAGCGGGAGCUUCCGCAUAGUCGGGGAGGGGACGAGUUCACGCCCUCUGAGGGUCUACACCCCGCUGUUUACUAUACGGCUAUCGCUCGCUUCCUCGCUUGGUACUCUGACCAGCCCAUGUCCCGGACCUUGCCCUCUCCUCAUAGCCUGGACGUUCACUGCUCGAGAUCUCUCCGUGCCCAGAAGCAUCCUCUGGCGACCUUCUUCGUUGAGGCGCACGACUUCGUUCAUAAUGCUGGAGCGAUCCUCUACCGUCGUGUCAAGGCUCCUGCACCGGCUGCAGAUGGCGCGGCGAUCCCACCUGCCCCGGCUGCUGUGCCUGAUGACGCAGGACGCCCCCCGGCAUCUGUGGUACACAUCCCUGGUUUGCGCGCUCUCGUCGACUCGUCUCAUGAGCACUUCAUUCCUCCCCCUGCGCAGCGAAAUGUGACUCCUCUUGUCAUGCGCGUCUUCCCUCGCCAUGUGCAUGCUCGCGCUGCGCUGACCGAUCAGCAGCGUGAUAUCCUCACCUUGCACAGCCGCAGGACACACUCGCUCAAGUCGCAGGAUAGGGUCUUGCAGUCUACCAUCUUCGCUCAUUUUCCUGAGCGAGACCUGAGCCACUCUCCGAUGCGAGUCUCGAGCUACUACCCCCUCAAGGCCUUCCCGCACCGCUAUGCUCAGAUGCUCGACUGCUAUCUCCAUGGCAUGCCGAUCUGCCAGUGUCCGACGAAAUGUGAUGGAUGUCAGCGCGAGCUCGAUCCCUCCGUUGCUGCACAUCAUCUCCAGACCUGCAAACGCCGAUCCUCCAAGCUUCCCACGGCGCAUGACAACCUUACUCGUACGAUUCGGUCGAUGCUGAACGAAGCUGGUCUUCAGAGCGUCAUCGAUACAGUGGGGGAUCCUCGUUCUCGACGGCAGGUACCCUCCCAUCCUCAUGGCCGCAAGAUGAAGGGCGAUAUCCACAUUCCUGGAAUCCGCGAUCGAGGGUCCGAGCAGUACGAGGGCUUGAUGGCGGACGUGACGUUGGUCCACCCUUACAUCCUAUACCUUACAUUGAAGAUUCGCAAACAUCGCGCUGCAUAUGCCAUGACUACUCCUCCUCGAGCGUUCAUCCCUCUUGCCAUCUCGACGGACGGUACCCUGCAUCCUGACACCCUCCGCUUCAUCUGGUAUCUCGCGGACAUCAUUGCUCAGCGCUCAAUGCCUCUUGAGGAUGCGGCGUUUGGUCGGCACUUUGUGCCUGAUGACGGCCCUGCUGCUGAGGUCCUAUCAGCGCCUCACCAUGCAGCUGACGCUGGAAGCGCUCUUGUCUGGUGCGAGGCGCAUGACGCCCUUGCGGGCAUGACGCCCUUGCGGGCGCAAGCACUUCUCGAGCCAGAGGACAGCUCCUCCUCGGACUUUGUCGAGUCGCCCGAGGAGUCUCCGACUCCGAUGGGGGACACCCUUCGAGUGGCCCCGACGAUCGGCGCGGAGCUGGCGAGGCGUCUCCGUCGUCUCCGUCCCUCACUGUGA